AUGGAGGAGGAGCAGACGUACCUGGAGCUCUACCUGGAUCAGUGCGUCGCGCAGGAUGACCUCGCUCCGUCCAGGUCACCGCUGCUCAGUCCAGUUGUACCUGAUGAUGCAUACAUGCCUAAUCCAUCCCAUCCAGAGACUGUGUUUAAUUCACAUCUUGAAGAAGUCAAAGAAACAUCUGGCCAUUUCUCAUCUGUGGAUCUUAGCUUCCUGCCAGAUGAACUUACCCAAGAAAAUAAAGACCAGAGUAUCAUUAGAAGCAAGCAUGAAAUUGAAGAAAAUUAUAAAACUCAAAGUCAGCAAAGUAGGUUGUCAUUAUCCAGAGAGCAGGACAUUGGUCUGGGCUUAAUAAGCAACAGCAGUUUGUCGAAUUCCCAUUCACAUCUGUACCCUGGUGAUGCUGACUCAGUCCAGCCCUCUCUUGAGAAACCAAACUCCAUGCCUCUGGUGUCCAUAACUCCCAUGACACCAAUGACCCCUGUUUCAGAAUGUUCUGGAAUUGUGCCUCAACUACAGAAUAUAGUUUCCACUGUAAACCUGGCCUGUAAAUUGGAUCUGAAGAAAAUAGCUUUGCAUGCAAAAAAUGCAGAAUAUAACCCAAAGAGGUUUGCUGCUGUCAUAAUGAGGAUCCGAGAGCCCAGAACAACAGCCCUCAUAUUUAGCUCUGGGAAAAUGGUCUGCACGGGAGCCAAAAGUGAAGAGCAGUCUCGACUUGCAGCGAGGAAGUAUGCUCGUGUGGUGCAGAAGCUGGGGUUCCCAGCCAGAUUCCUCGAUUUUAAAAUUCAGAACAUGGUUGGAAGCUGUGAUGUGAGAUUUGCCAUCAGGCUGGAAGGUUUGGUGCUAACCCAUCAGCAGUUCAGUAGUUAUGAACCUGAACUGUUUCCUGGCCUUAUUUACAGAAUGGUAAAACCACGGAUUGUGUUGCUUAUCUUCGUAUCUGGGAAAGUUGUGUUGACAGGUGCCAAAGAACGUUCUGAGAUCUAUGAAGCAUUUGAAAACAUCUAUCCUAUUCUAAAGGGUUUUAAAAAAGCCUGAGUAUGUCACUCAGCAUCUCACAUUAUAUUGGUUUGAGUGUGUGCAUAAGCCCAGUGCACAAACCGCUAGACUAUAGAUUUUCUAUGCAGAUUUUGACUUUGUUAAAAGAUGAUUCUGUAUGAGUACCCAUGCCUAAGAACUGAAGAAACUUUUUU